AUGGGGGCCUCCGGCAGCGCCCCCGCCACCCCGGCCGCGCCCCGCAACAAGCACCUGGCUCACGUCAGCGACCCCCGCUCCCCCACCGCCGGCAUCCUGCGCACCCCCAUCGAGGUGGUGAGCUCCCCGGCGGGCAGCCCGCAGCCCAGCCCCGCCGAGCCGCCGGCGGGCACCGGCCAGGAGCGGGACCCGCGGUCGCCCACGCCCGGCAUCUCCCGCACGCCCAUGAGAGCCGUGUCGAGUGGUGACAAGCCCAUAAGACACAAGCCCAACAACAAAUUCAUGGCAACAUCUGGAGGAACUGGCCGCUCUCCCCUCAGCAUUCUACGAGAUGAUAAUUCUCCCAGUGCUCCCACCCCUCGCCAGGGUAAGAGGCAUGUGUUGGGAGAGAACCUUGGGGAGAAGAAGGAUGUGGAUCUAAGCAGGAGCCUUAAAUCUGGGAACUGUGCUUGGAGCGACUUGAACAAGGAGAACCAGCAGUGUACUUUUGUGGAGAACUAG